GGGAAGGGCUCAGAGUUCAACGACAAGAGGAGAUUCCCCGUUUUAAAGCACCUCAGGCUGAGAGCCAAGCUCUGGUUGAGUGUCGCUGGGGAAAAGCAGCAUCUGCCAGCCACACACAAAUUGACGCAACUUGUCAAACUCCACCAAACCGACGUUCAACGGGGCAAAAACUCCAAGUUUACCGAGCGGCCUCCCGCCUGGACCGCCCUGACCGCCCUCCCCGCGCUUCCCGCCCAAACCGCCCCGCCGCCAUCUUGUGCUUCGGCACCCGCCCCCGCCGAACUCCAUUUCCCGUGCAGCCCAGCGGCGGCGGCGCGGCGCUCCGGGAAGGCGGCGGCCGGCAGAGCAGGUCAGUUUCCUCAAAUAGUGCCAAAGGAAAGAGGAUGGAACCAGAAAAUACUGCCAGGGAAACAGUCCUCGUUACUGGAGGAGGUGGUUACUUUGGCUUCCGUUUAGGUUGUGCCAUAUACCAGAAGGGAGUUGAUGUGAUUCUCUUUGAUGUCGUGAAGCCACUUCAAACUGUGCCAGAGGGAAUAAAGUUCAUGCAAGGGAAUGUCUGUUGCCUGUCUGAAGUGGAAGAGGCUCUUAGAGAUGUAAUCUGCGUAUUCCAUAUUGCUUCCUAUGGAAUGUCUGGCAGGGAGCAGCUGAACCGAAAACUUAUAGAAGAUGUUAAUGUGAAAGGAACAGAAAAUGUCAUCCAAGCCUGCAAGAGCAUGGGAGUGUCAAGUCUGGUUUAUACAAGUACAUACAACGUGAUAUUUGGAGGCCAGAUUAUAGAAAAUGGGGACGAGUCUCUGCCUUAUCUACCUCUCCACCUUCAUCCAGAUCACUACUCCCGGACCAAAUCCUUAGCUGAAAUGAAGGUGCUGGAGGCAAAUGGUGCUGAGCUUGGAAAUGAGAAAGGUGUAUUAAGGACUUGUGCUCUCCGACCAGCAGGCAUCUAUGGGCCUGGAGAACAAAGGCAUCUUCCAAGAAUAGUUAGUUACAUUGAAAGGGGCCUGUUUAAAUUUGUAUAUGGAGAUCCUCUUAGUUUAGUAGAAUUUGUACAUGUAGACAAUCUAGUUCAGGCUCAUAUCCUUGCCUCCGAGGCCCUCAAAGCCAACAAAAAGCACAUAGCUGCAGGCCAAGCCUAUUUUAUUUCAGACGGCAGGCCUGUAAAUAACUUUGAAUUUUUCCGACCGUUAGUGGAAGGUUUGGGUUACAAGUUCCCAACCUGUCGUCUUCCUCUCUCCCUUGUCUAUUUUUUUGCAUUCCUUACUGAAAUAGUUCAUUUUCUUGUAGGUCAUGUUUAUAAUUUUCAGCCUCUCCUCACUCGCACAGAGGUUUACAAAACUGGUGUCACGCAUUAUUUUAGCAUGGAGAAGGCCAGAAAGGAGCUGGGGUAUGAGCCUCAGCAAUACAGCCUGAACGAAGUGGUUGAGUGGUUUAGAUCUCAGGGAUGUGGACCAAAGCCGAGAAAGUAUACCAUUGUGCAUCUUGUGAGGGAUGGAGGAUUGCUCUUGCUGCUGAUUGCUGUGAUGGUCUCGUGGUUUCCAUCUGCGGUUACAUUUUCACUCUGAAAGAUGAAACACUGAGAAUGGAGGACAGAAUUUAGUUGUGCUCUCUGAGCACUCUUGCUUCUCACAGACAGGUAACAUUAAAAAAAAAAAACACCACACCAAGGAAAUCCACAUUUAUGUCAUUCAGGUAAGUACCUUCAACAGUUUUAUCCCCAGGAAAUGGAAACGCUGAGUAAAAAGGUGUAGUUUUUAUACAUAUUUCCUCCUCAGAGUAAAAUUGAUCAGAUCACUAACAAGAUGAAGCUUAGUAUUACUGCAAACAGCAUUUUAUUUUUGGGUACAACACCACGCUACAGUGAAUGGAACAGAUGUCCUUAGAUUGACCCUUCUUCUCCCUGAUGGGAUUAUACUCUUCAUUCCUAAAAACUUCGUGCUACAUGGUUCAGAGGAGAAGCGUCUGAUUCUUUGAUCACAUUCCAAAACCAAAUUCUGCUUUCCAGCUUGGAUGUAUAUAUGCCUAACCAAGAUUAACUGAUAAACUGAUAGACAAUGAAUAAAUGCCUUUUUUUUUUUCUAAAUGAAUACAUUCUGGCGUGCUUUUCUGUGUUAACUGUGAUAUCUAGUGACAUUUCUGGAAAAUGCACAAUGGUUAAUCUAAGUUAUAGCAAAGUGCUUGAAACAGCAGAUCUGUAGAUUUUUCUAAUGGUAAAAUAUGCCUGUUUAAAAUGAAUGAGCCAGUUAAAGUGCAUUCAUAAAUAAAACCUAUGAUUUUCCCAGCAUUAUUGAAUGGUUAAACAAAUAAUCCAUCAAAGACAUUUGGUAAGUGAUUACAUUCACAUUUCACCGUUUAUAAAACAUUUUUAACCUUUCGUAACACCCAACCACCAUUUGAAUAGAACUUCACCUUUGUAGUGGGAUGAUAAACACUUGAUACAAUGAAACUCAUAAUUUUGUGGAGUUUUAAGAAUAGAAAAUAAGACCUUGCUAAGUACAGGUUACUACUGUCUCUAGCAACAACUGUCCCUCGUCUCUGUCAGUUUGAUACAGCAAGAGAUACUGAGAAACUUCACAUCAAAAUGUUAAAGCACAAAGUUGUUUUCCCUUAACCCAUCAGCAGUACAGUUUCAGUCCUUCUUGAUAAAAGGACAGUCCUUCAAGAAGUUCACACUUCUCUUUAAACUUUAGUCUUUCCAUUUUAACAGCUGAAACUACACUGAUCUUAAAUUAAUUUUGUGUAAGUUCCAGUUACUUCAGUUCUGUUAAACUCUACUGCAAUUUAAACGGGGAUGUGAAGAAGAGACAGAGGGUAGUUCUACUCAGAAAACAAGAAUGCCCAAAUAGAGAAACCAAGCUAAAAGUCUACUGCCACCUGUGUUUAAAAGAUGGAGAUUUUUCUAGUUAAUGCUGAUUGAAGACAGCAUUAUUUUUAGAACGUUGAGUUCUUUUCCUGAAAAGUUUACCUUUAAAAAAAAAAAAAAAAAAAAUCACUUGAUAACUAGAUGUUUUGUUUUCCUUGAAAUCUGACUUUUCUCCUCCUUCAUUCCCCUACCAGUGUGUACACCGUGAAAGAAACUGUAUUUAAUACGUAGCUUGAGGGACAGCUCAAGAGAGAACUCAAUUUUUUAAUUUUUUUUUUCCUAUCAUAGCAAAUAAAUUGCGGGGGCCUAGGGCAGCAGUGUUUGUGUAGCAGGAGCAUUGCAGUCCUUUAUAAAGAGCUUAUGUGAUCCAACAGAGUGCUGAUGGCAGAGGGGCCGCUUUCCAGAAGUCAUUAAUAUGCAUCGUCAUAGUCUGCAGAAAGAAAAAACUUUCUUUUUGAUAAAACAGAAAAAAAGACAGCCGUGACCUCAUGAAAGCACUGGGCCACUGUUCUCUUUCCAGUGGGCCCUGUUUCUCAAGUGAAAACCACUUGGUAAUUUUCCCCUUUAAGUUCUCUGGUUUUGACACAAUGUUAUCAGAAAUAGAUUAAGAAAUUUUAAUGCCAGCAGAAGCAACAGACAAAACCAAAAAUGUACAAGAAAUUGCACAAGCCUGUUGCACAGAACCAUAGCAUCGCUAUUUCAUGCAGUCUUGUAAAAAGAUCUUUUUAAGAUAUGGAACAUGACUCCUGUGCCCCAGAGGAAUUUCUUCUGCUGUUUGUCCUCUUUUUAUUCGCAAAACUCAGCUACUGCCAUCAUCAUUAUCUCAGUGGUGGAGUUGGUGGAAAAAAGAGAAAAAAAAAAAUAAAAUCUAUGAAAGGGACCAAACCCAGGAAACCUGAGCCCACACUGUUAAUGCUGGCUGGGGUUAAAGCCCUGGAAUAGCUUUUUGGGUACAACAGAAGAGGAAGCUCCUGAGGAUACAAAAAAACCCCACAGAUACCAAAGCUCCUGUAGAAGCUGAGCUCAACACAUGAACCUUUUCAUUUGUCUGGAGUCAAGGACAGAACUUGUCACUGAUAAAAGAACAGGAGGCACUAUUUUGUCCUAACGGCCCCGUGACUUGUGGUGGAGCACAGGGUGCUAAAUCAGGUACUUGUCAGGAGAAACAGGUGGCGGCUUGGCAAUGGCCACCCCAGGCCACACCAGCAG